AUGUCUGGCUCAAUGUACGAUGACCAAUAUUAUGCGAAUUCGCGCCGCCAUUCUCUCGUCACUCCUCCGCCCUCGAUGGCUCCGCGGCAGAACAGGAUGCGCAGCCAAAGCGUCCGAGUCAGCAACGGCACAGUCAGUACAGAUAACAGCAUGUCCAGUGGGAGGGAAUCGGAAGCGACGAAUAUAACCCAACCGCCGGCAUAUUCCAAGAAGUUCGUCGUGGUGGGAGACGGAGGAUGCGGGAAGACGUGUCUGUUGAUUAGUUAUUCGCAGGGUUACUUCCCAGAGAAAUAUGUCCCUACAGUAUUUGAAAACUAUAUUACACAAACGCUGCACCGAAGGUCCGGGAAGACCGUGGAGUUGGCGCUUUGGGAUACUGCUGGCCAGGAGGAAUACGACAGAUUGCGCCCUCUCUCAUACCCCGAGACCGAUCUCCUGUUUGUGUGUUUCGCUAUCGAUUGUCCUGCAUCCCUUGAAAACGUUAUGGAUAAGUGGUAUCCCGAGGUGCUACACUUCUGCCCUACAACUCCGAUCAUCCUAGUCGGGCUGAAAUCAGACCUGCGCAACAAGCGAACGUGUAUCGAGCUCCUGAAGACACAAGGCUUGACGCCCGUCACGCCAGAACAAGGGCAGGCGGUGGCCGGCCGGAUGAAUGCAUCCUACGUAGAAUGCAGCAGUAAAGAGAUGCGAGGUGUCGACUCUGUUUUCCAGCUCGCAGUGGAUACUGUCGUUGCCGUCGAAGAGCAAAGCUGGGAUACUCGUCUACCUUCAUCGGCUGGGAAACCUGGUGGCAAGCCCACCGGUGGUAAGAAGAUCAAGAAGCGCAGCUGCAAGAUCCUCUAA